AUGCCCGCUCACAUAAUCUCUGGUCGACCUGACCGGCCCAUCACCUUUAGGUGCGCCUACGAGUCCACCACCAGGCGUGUCACCUUUCCUUCUGCUCAGACCACUCGCUUUGAAUCUCUCCGGAACAGGGUCGAAGAAUGCUUUCAUCUCUCCGCCUCUCCCUUCUACUUCACCUACACGGACGAUGACGGUGAAGAGUUUGCCAUACGGACCGACACCGACCUUACAGAAGCCAUCGCCUAUUUUGUCUCUGGCGACGACCAUGCUGGCUCCGUCUACUCGAAUACUGGGUCUAUUACGAGAGUUCCUUCUCAAAAGAUCACCGUCCGUUUAGACGUAGCGGUAGAGUAUGAUGGUCCGAGUUUGAGUGAUGUCUCUUCCAUCAUCAGCGGUCGCAGCGGACAUGGGAGCUACGAAAAUGCCAGUCAACAUAGUUGGCUCAGCAGUACUCAAUCAAGUGCCUAUACCGCUCAUUCUCGAGGUAGUGGCGAUGUUAUCGGCGUCAUUGAAGAAGAGGUAGAGAGCUCAUCGAGGAGCGGUGCGACAUCGUCGACGCAAGGUGAAAACCCUAUAGCACGACAGCUGAACGGUCUUAGCCUGAACCCGGCGCUCCCAGUCCCGGAGGACAGAGAAGGUGCCUCGAUCCGUGAACCCCCAAUCUUGUCCGGUCCAGAGAGCGAUCCAGCGCCUCCAUUGUUGACUCAUUCUGAGUUGGGAAGUAGAUGGCUAAGGGAACAAAGUCGUCUGGCUCGACGACAAGCCCCUCGCUCAAGAGUCAACGGUAGUGGUAGACGGUAUGGCAGUGAUGAGGAGAGCUUCGGGAGUGAUGAUGAGUCUCCUGGGGUUAUAGCUCUCCAGAGGAACGCUAAAGGCAGUAGGUUCUUGUCUUUUCAUCCUACAUUAUUAGCUCACUUUUCAGGAUACUAUUACUCGUACUCGACGGAAGACUCUUCCACCGAAUCCACCUCUGAUGGCGAUGCCGAUGAUCCAUUUUCCACUUCUCGAGUUCUCACUCCCAGUGCCUCCACAUCUUCUCCCCCCGGCUCGGCCUUCUCGUCGGAACCUGUGAGAGUCGCUGAACCCACUGGUCCCCCCAUCUUGGCACCUGACUGUUCGGCUUGCGGGGUACGCUUGGAAUACAUCCGAUAUGUUUGUUCGACCUGCGGUGAAGGUCAAAUGUGGAAGGAGAAUGCACCUGGCAAAUCACCUUUUGUCCCACCGACGCCACCAGUACUUAGCAUAAGCGACGGUAGUGAGGGGUCCACCGAGACAGAUAGGACGGGUAACGAUUCCACUGGCUCUCGAACAGUAUAUCAAACGACGGCUCAGCCGAGACAGAGGAGUAAUUCUUUAUCAACUCAAGCAUCACAUUCCCCUCCCGGAUCGGAUGCCGGUGAUCUCUCUCAGCCUGUAGGAUAUGAGCUUUGCUCGACAUGCAUCGAAACUCAUGGCGUGGUGCAUGCCAAAGCCGCACCCAAGGCUGGAAGUUUGAAUGGCUCUCGUCUUCGAUCAGGGACAAAACUUCGACAUACUUUCCGAGAAAAGAUUUGGACCGCAGAGGGAUGGUCGGAUGUGGAGUACAACGAAGAUAGCGAGUGUACCAUGUGUCGAACUCCACUCAUCACCGAUCGAUUCAAAUGCGUUUCUUGUUCCAAAUUCGACCUCUGCCGUUCGUGUCAUCAGAAGGUUGGCGAAAUACAUCCUGCACAUGUAUUUCUCUCUCUCCCCGAUAAAUCCCUCCCUAAUGCUGAGUCGUCAACGUCUUAUCCUCCGCAAGUGGAUAUCAGGAAUCAAGAUCCAGUCAAUGUCGCUUCAUCCAAACUGGUGCGUCAUCCAGGGGCGUUCUGUCACAAUUGUCUUCAAGAUAUCGUCGGUCCCAGAUUUCAUUGUGCGGUGUGUCCCUCAUGGGACUUGUGUAUUCAAUGCGAAGGAGUGGUGACCGUUGGACAUGGUGGUCAUACGGCUGAUCAUAUCAUGAUGAAAAUCCCUCUUCCUUUAGCAUCAUCAGAGGUGGAAGCAGUGAGUAGACGGGCGAGGGAUAGAUGGUUCCAACAAGAUUCAUCUGCUGUAGCUGCGCAAAGAUCUGACUCGACAACGUCAACUUCUUCAAGAUCACCUUCACCGACAAAUGAGACAGUCUACGGAGGGAUUUCAAACAAUGUGAUGGAUAGGAAUGGCCUCAGUGGACUGAACGGUAACGAAGGGAGAUCUUCCGCAAGAGAUGUAUUAGAUCAUGGGUGUAGAUGUAGUAAUUGUAACGAAUGGAUCUUGGGAAGAAGAUAUCAAUGUGCCAAUUGUCCAUCUGAACCAAUGUCUUUCAACCUAUGUUCAAUAUGUGAACUUCGCUCUUACAGAGUUCAUGACCCUUUUCACGUAUUCUUCAAAUUUGAUCGUCCCGUUCAUUUCCCCCUGACUUCUCCACGACCUCUUCUUCCAAGAUUGUACAAAUCUCGUGUGGGUGACGUUCCAUCAGGAUCAGUCAUAGAUCCUCAUGAUCCCACUUCGUACCUUCGUCACUUGGUACAUAAAGAGACAUUAUGCGAUAUACAUUCUGAUCAAAUAAGAGGUAUAUGGCUUCGAUGUGCUCAUUGUGCCGCAGGGUUCGACAUGUGUCAAGAAGCAGAAGGGAAUGCGGAUCAUGAUCCUACUCACGUGUUCGUCGUGUUCAAAGCCAGGGUCGACAUGGCGGCUUUUCGUAUCCUCUGCGAUCUCGGAGCGAGACAUAGUAAACCUCUUCUCACCCAACGGGUCUAUCUCAGUUAA